AUGUUCUUUUUCUUUCGCAUUCUCCUUUUCUUUCUUUCUUUCUUUCUUUCUUUCUUUCUUUCUUUCUUUCACUCCUUGCCAAACAUUCGUUCUUAUAUCUGGAACACAACAACCACCCAGGCAAAAAGAAUGAACAAAAUGUCCCCACCCCACCGCAGCUCCACCAGCCACCCCGUCGCCUUGACAAGCAAGGCUUUUGUUUGCAAUCAAGUGCUUCGACCUGGUCGACUAGUUCGCCAACGACAACUUGUGCACCGGGGGGUGGGGAGAAGGCGUGACUGCGACCUGAUUGACGGCCUAUACGAGUCUAUCUAUCUAUCUAUCUAUCUAUCUAUCUAUCUCAGUCUGUUCCUAUCUAUCUAUCUAUCUCAGUCUGUUCCUAUCUAUCUAUCUAUCUAUCGCAGUAUGUUCAUCUAUCUAUCUAUCUAUCUAUCUAUCUAUCUAUCUAUCUAUCUAUCUAUCUAUCGCAGUCCGUUCAUAUCUAUGUAUGUAUGUAUGUAUGUAUGUAUCUAUCUAGCUACUUUGUUGAUCAUUUAA